AUGAUAACCAAUCAACUUCUGCUCCUGCUGAUGCUCUCCAUCCUGUGGCCCAGCGCCGCCUUGCCUUUCACACCUGGGAAUAUUGGGAAUCUGUUUGGGAUGACAGAGAGCGAUGGCAGGAUACUUCAGCGGUCCAAACGUGGAUGGAUGUGGAAUCAAUUCUUUCUGCUCGAGGAGUACGGGGGAAAUGACCAUCAAUACGUCGGCAAGCUGCACUCCAACAUGGACAAAGGUGACGGCAACGUGCGCUACAUCCUGACAGGAGACGGGGCAGGCACCCUGUUCCUGAUCGAUGAGAAGUCCGGGGACAUCCACGCCACCAAGAGGCUGGACAGGGAGGAGAAAGCCAUGUACACGCUCCACGCCAAGGUCGUGGACAGGAACACCAACGCCGAGCUGGAGCCCGACACCGAAUUUAAUAUCAAAAUUCAUGACAUCAAUGACAACGAGCCAAAGUUUGCAAAGGAGAUCUACUUCGCCAGUGUCCCAGAGAUGUCCGAAGUUGGUACAUCCGUUGUGACUGUAACAGCCACUGAUGCCGAUGAUCAAACGUACGGGAACAGUGCCAAGCUUGUAUAUAGCAUUCUGCAGGGACAGCCAUAUUUCUCUGUGGAUUCUGAAAAUGGCACCAUCAAGACAGCCCUGCCCGGCAUGGACAGGGAGGUCAAGGAGAACUACCAGGUCGUGAUCCAGGCCAAAGACAUGGCCGGGCAGAUGGGCGGGCUCUCAGGGACCACCACGGUCAGCAUCACCCUCUCCGACGUCAACGACAGCCCACCGCGCUUCGCCAACCACUCCUUUCGCGUGACUGCCGUGGAGUCAACGGAGAUCGGAGGCCCCAUCGGCCGAAUUAAAGCCGACGAUCCGGAUGUUGGCCGCAACGCCGAAAUGGAGUACAGCAUCGUCGGCGGUCAUGACAUCUUCAACAUCAUCACUGACCAAACCACGCAAGAGGGCAUCAUCAUCAUUAAGAAAGAACUGGAUUAUGAAAGUAAGAGGGACUACGAGUUCAGGGUGGAGGUGAAAAACACGUACUUGGACGCGCGGUUCAUCCACGGCUUGCAAUUCAAGGACUACGCCACGGUCAAGGUGACAGUGGAGGACGUGGACGAGCCGCCCGUUUUCACCAGGAACCCGUACAUCAUCGAGGUGCACGAGGACACGGCUGCUGGCAGCUUCGUCGGCGUGGUGUCGGCCAGGGACCCUGACGCUGACAACAAGCCAGUCAAAUACUCCAUUGACCGCCAUACAGAUCUGGAGAGGCUGUUCAACAUUGACUCUGUGAAUGGGACCAUCACCACACUGAAGGCACUGGACAGAGAAAUGUCCAAAUGGCACAACAUCUCUGUGGUGGCCACUGAAAUAAGUAACUGUUACUUCCCCAGAAAUCUCAGUGGCUGCCGUAGUGCUAAAAAAAAAAAGACUUAUUUUGAACUUUGUGUUUCAGAUAACCCGCGUCAGACAACCCGAGUGCCGGUGUUCAUCAAGGUGCUGGAUGUGAAUGACAAUGCACCUGAGUUCGCCAUGUCCUACGACACGUUUGUCUGCGAGAAUGUCAAAGCCGGACAGCUGAUUCAGACCAUCAGCGCCGUCGACACCGACGAGCCCCUGGUUGGACAUAAGUUUGUCUUCAGUAUCAGCGCCACCAACCCAAACUUUACCAUUGUUGACAGGGAAGAUAACACUGCCAAUAUCCUAACGCGGAGGGGAGGAUUCAGCCGACGCGAGAUGAGCAUGUACUUCCUGCCCGUGGUGAUCUCAGACAAUGACUACCCGAUUCAGAGCAGCACCAGUACGUUGAUUGUGCGUGUGUGUGCCUGUGACAGCCGGGGAAACAUGCAGUCAUGUAACCCAGAGGUCCUCCCCUUCUCAGAUGGCCUCACCACUGGAGCUCUGGUGGCCAUCCUGCUCUGUGUUAUCAUCCUCCUCAUGAUCGUGGUGCUGUUUGCUGCCCUGAGGAGGCAGAGGAAGAAGGAGCCUCUGAUCAUCUCCAAAGAGGAUGUCAGAGACAACGUCGUCAGCUACAACGAUGAAGGGGGCGGAGAGGAGGACACUCAGGCCUUUGAUAUCGGCACGCUGCGCAACCCAGAGGUGAUGGAUGCUAACAAGCUGCGCAGGGACAUCAUACCCGAAAUGCUGUUUCCCUUUCGGAGGACAUCACCUAUAAAGGAUAACACGGAUGUCAGAGACUUCAUUAACGGGCGGCUGCAGGAGAACGACUCGGAUCCGACGGCGCCGCCCUACGACUCGCUGGCGACGUACGCGUACGAGGGGAGCGGGUCGCUGGCGGAGUCGCUCAGCUCGCUGGAGUCGGCCGCCACCGAGGGCGACCAGGAGUACGAUUACCUCAGCAACUGGGGACCGCAGUUCAAAAAGCUGGCCGAGAUGUACAUAGGGAAGGGCCCCGACAGAGAGACCUAG